AUGAGUUGGAUGGAUUCGUGGUCGCGACCUGGCAAGCGUUCAGCCGUGCCUCCUCCCUUCUACCUCACUCAGGAAAAUGCUGCUUACUGUCAGACGUGCGGUCGAGCAAUGAGUUCCCGCAAAAUCCAGCAAGCUCAGACAAAGGUUAUCAAGUACUGUUCAGAUGGUUGCCGCCACCAUAAGCCAGGUCCGCUCGAUCGAAAGAUAGAAAGGACCAUAGUGGCACUUCUCAACGCAGAGCCUGGAUCAGGGAUCGAGGAAACCGCAGCCAAGUCCAAAUUUGUCAAAGGCGACCGUCGAAACAUCAUAACAAUGCAGGAAGUUGAGGAUCUCAUGUUUCGUCCUAAAUCCCAAGCGGAGCGAAGCAGCUCCCCGUCGAGACAAGCUGCAGAGACAUCAGACGUCAGUGACCUUGAUUCAGACAAUCUGCCUCAAGCACCACCAUCGGAGGGCAGCGUUGGCGGGCUGGCGAGCCGUGAAGGUUCGCUUGAGCCUGAAGCCCCCGAUGCAGAUGACAGUCUCGGUGAAGAAAGUGCACAGCCUGCACAGCAAACCGCCGCAGCAGAGGAACUCAAGAAGAGACAGGAGGGCCAGCGCCGAGCAGAGCAGCGUGAAAUGGUCCGGAGAGCGGCUCGAAGACUUGUGGUGUUUGGCAAUGCCCAAGAGCCCCGCGAGAACAGGAGCCAACGCCAGGCGAAGGCAGAGAAGCGCUCCAAGGGUUCUAACAAGACAGCCACGGAUGAGGCCUCUGUUCCAGUCCGACGCAAAGCCGAAGCAGUGAUGAAUGGCGCAGUCGUCGAACCCAGUUUUGCCAAGGGCAACUGGGCCAUUCGAUGGAGGGAGGAGACGUGAGUUGUCAUUGAACGUCAUCUCAUCACGAGGCUGCCGUUGCGACGGUCCAUCAGGUCGGUCCCUCUCCAACGCAGCAUGCCAUUCUCGACUGGCUUGUUUUUGUCAUUGAUGAACGGCUUUCGAGGCCAGCUCCUGGCAAUGUCGAUGCUGGCUCGAGGAGCCCAGAUUUCCAGAAAGAAGAAAAUGAGAUAGUCAAUGAUAACGCAGAGGCAGAAGAGCUUGCCAGCCCAUAUCCCAC